ACUAAUCUAACACACAAAACACACGCACUGAGAGGGCUCACCUUAGCUAAUUAGGGUCCAUUUCUUAAUCUGGGUUCUCGGACUCGUCUUCUCUCUCUCGAGUAUAUAUACUCUCAGUUAACCGGUCAAUUAUGAAUCAAUUCAUAUCCGCUCAUCUCUCUCUACUCUCUCUCUUCUGUUCUCUCUCAGUCCUCCCGACCUUCAAUUCCCAACAAAUACCUCUAAAACCCUAAUAAUUUCCCUCCUGUUCUCUCUUCCUAAUUUACUGCCCUUUCGAGUUUUGAUAGUCCUUUUCAAUUUUUUAUUUAUUGACUUAGUAUCUGAAGCAAGACCAUGGACGGAGCAGGACAUUACAAUCCUCGCACAGUCGAAGAGGUCUUUAGGGAUUUCAAAGGCCGAAGAGCAGGCAUGAUUAGAGCUCUCACUACAGAUGUCGAAGAAUUUUAUCAGCAAUGUGACCCUGAGAAGGAGAAUUUGUGCUUGUAUGGAUUGCCCAAUGAGCAGUGGGAGGUCAAUUUACCUGCAGAAGAAGUGCCUCCAGAACUCCCAGAACCCGCAUUGGGUAUUAAUUUUGCUAGAGAUGGAAUGCAAGAAAAAGACUGGUUAUCAUUAGUUGCUGUCCACAGUGAUGCAUGGUUACUUGCUGUUGCCUUCUAUUUUGGUGCUAGAUUUGGGUUUGAUAAAGCUGACAGGAAGCGGCUUUUUAGUAUGAUGAAUGAUCUCCCCACGAUAUUUGAAGUUGUGACUGGUUCUGCAAAGAAACAACAGAAGGAGAAAUCUUCAGUAGUCUCAAAUCACGGCAGCAACAAGUCCAAGACAAACUCUAAAGCGCAGUUGGAAUCUGAGUCCCAGGGUAAAUACUCAAAGCCACAGCCAAAAGAUGAAGAGGAGGGCUUGGAUGAGGAAGAAGAAGAUGAGCAUGGGGAGACGUUGUGCGGGGCAUGCGGGGAGAACUAUGCAUCGGAUGAAUUCUGGAUUUGUUGUGACAUAUGUGAGAAGUGGUUCCACGGCAAGUGUGUGAAGAUCACUCCAGCUAGAGCUGAGCAUAUCAAGCAGUACAAGUGCCCGUCUUGCAGCAACAAAAGAGUUCGUCCUUGAUAUGACCUGCUGGAUAGUUAUUCUACCUUUGUUUUUCUGGUGGAUUCCGCUAACUACCUCGUUGGUCAGGUUCUUUCUCUGUUUCCGAGUGCUAUAUUUUCAGCGAGACGUGUGAAUGUUACUUGUGGUUUAGGGGAUCUCACGUUUCAGUAUAGUACUAUUCAUUGUAGUUUGGCAACGAUAUUCACGGCUUAUUUGAAACAAUUAAUUAUCACUUGCUCUGUUUCCUUUUUUUUCAAAUAUUCUCAGCAAAACUGUAUUUGUCAUGAGUUAGAUUAA